UGCAGGCAGCUCAGCUCAUCUCACAAUCAGCGCACAGCGCCAGAGCGGACUUGCGCCUUGCAUGACUAGUAAAGCAGCAGUCCCAGCUGUCCUGCGCAAACAAAACGUCACAAAAUGCCCUGUUUUGGUUUUUUACUUGGAAAAUACUAUUAAUUUUUGUGAGAAUUUAGGGGAAGAUGGAGGAGAAGGGCAAAGGGAAGGCCCUGAUGAACCAACUACUUGGCGUGAUGAAAAACCAGUUCAACCGUGGCGAGGGUGAAACUGAAAAGGGCUCUGCGCAACCCGAGGGCCCUGAGGACUCGGAGGCAGGCAGGCGUUCCCUUCGGAGCCAGAGCAAAUCUGGCGACGAAGCAGCCGAGAGCACCGAGCUGAAGCGGUCCACCAGAAGGUCCUUGCAAAAGGGCUCAGGCGGCUCCAUACUGCAGUCGGCCAUCGCCAGGAAGGAGAAGUCCUUCUGUGUGACCUCCCCUCCGAGCAGCGCAGUCUCAAACUCCAGCAAGAACAGCCGGCCGUCGCCUGCCCUCAAAAAGAAAUCUCUGAACCCUGUGAAAUCUCCGCCGCCCUCUACCAUCUCGAUUAUACCGGCCAAGAAGAAGGCCAGGGUGACCGAGAGCGUGUCUAGUGCAGCCUCAGAUGUCUCAUCGAUUUCUUUGGACAAGGUCAAGGAAGAGCAAAUCGAGUCCGAGGACAACGAAAGCGUUUCUUCUAUGAAGAUUGAUGAGGAAAUUUCUGUCACCCCUGUGAAUAGUCUCAGUCCUUCACUGGCGCCUGUGGAGAAGAGAAGGAGGCUCACGGUCGAAGGGGACCUUCAGGAAGUUCUUUCUCCUGAUUCUGAUCCACGUAAAAAGCUGCGAAAGGCAGCUCGAGCCUCUCCACCUCUGCAAGACUCAUCUUCCGACUGCGGUAGUGCCUCAAAGGCGAAAUCAGGCUCUGAUCCCAAUGCCAAUGCUGCGGUGAAUCGAGCCAUGUGCUUCUGCCGAACAAGGAAAGGGCCACGAGCGUCCAUGUGCUCCGUGGAGCCCCUCCAGUCGUCUGACGGUGAGGAGAUUUCAGUCUCAAAAGAGCUGUAUUGCCAGGCUGUGGAGAGUGUGGACGAAACUCUGGUCGGUUGCUGCAAACUCGCGUCAACCACGCGUCUGCGGCGGCCGUCUGCGAAGGUACCGUUCAUGCUCUUGUGUGAGAGCCACGCCUAUCGCCUGUCCCUGCACAACUGCUGCCCUGGAUGUGGCAUAUUCUGCUCACAGGGCCGCUUUGUUCAGUGCGAAACCAAUGGUAAAUUUCAUCACUACCAUCGAAACUGCCAGCUGCCAGUGGCUGGUGGAGGAAAGGAUGGUCUCUGUCCUCACUGCGGCGCGGUCAGCCCCGCUUUUGACGUCAGGCUCAUCAUGAAAAUGCCCAAGAAGCCCGUGUUUUUGCCACACCAGAGGAAGCUCCGCAAAGACAAAUCAGCCAAAAUGAGCUUUGCUGAGGAUGCCGGCGCAAAAGUAGAUCUGCUUCCACGGUCUUCCUUUGUCCUGCCGGAGGCGCCGCCCAACAUUGUGGACAAGGAGAAGUACACGCUGGACCACCUUUACGACGCGGCCUCCGAUGGCGACACAGAAUACGUUUUGAACAUUCUUAGUUUUGGACACAAUCUGAACCACGUGUUCACCUCCAAUGAAAACAAGACCGCGCUGCAUGCUGCAGCAGGAAAGGGCCACUUGGCCACCGUGCACUUGCUUGUCCAGGCAGGUGCGCAGCUCGACGUCAUGGACAGCGAACAGAUGACGCCUUUGAUGCUGGCUGUCAUCACUGAGCACAGCCCUGUUCUCAAGUAUUUAAUCAAGGCUGGGGCCUCACUUACAAUCAAGGGCAACGAUGGCAUGACUGCAUUGCACCUCGCAGCCAAGAACGGCAAUUACGAAGCAUGCACUUUAAUUCUAACCGAACAAAACACCACUUCUACCCGCACCCUUCUGGACGCCCAGGAUGAUGGGGGUUGGACUGCCCUGGUUUGGGCCUGUGAGCACGGCCACUUUGGCAUCGUCAAGUACUUAAUCACGAAGAAGGCUGACCCUUUGAUUCGCGACACGGAACAGAACAUCGCUUUGCACUGGUCCACGUUUUCUGGCAGUGCCGACAUUUGUGAGCUGCUGAUGAACAGCGGCUGCAACGUGAACGCCGCCAAUGCUCAAGGAGACACGCCAUUACACAUUGGAGCUCGGCAAGACAACUACGAGGUGGUGCUGCUGCUUCUGGCCCGAGGAGCUCAGGUUGACAGCACGAACCUCAACGGGGACAGGCCCUUGGACUGUUGCCCUGUUGAAGGCGGUGAUUGCUGGACUGCCAUUAAUAUGAAUGUGCAACUGCAAGCUCUCCUUGCAAAUACUCAAGAACGCACAAAGAGAAUUGUUUCCAACGACAUAUCCAAAGGCAAAGAGAACAAUCCGAUUCAAGUCAUCAACGGCAUUGAUGACCACUCGGUUCCGACCGAUUUUGUGUAUGUGACCGAAAACUGUUACACAUCAGAUAUUAAGGUCGACAGAAAAAUUACGUCUCUCCAGUCCUGCAGGUGCACAGACACUUGCAGCACGGCCAACUGCCUGUGCGCGCACUUCAGUCUGCGCUGCUGGUUCGACGAGGAGGGCCGCCUGCUGCCAGACUUUAACUACGGCGACCCGCCACUUCUGUUUGAAUGCAACGUCGGAUGCGCCUGCAACAAGGUCACGUGCAACAACAGGGUCGUGCAGCACGGCCCGACGGUGCGCUUCCAGCUCUUCAGGACUGAGGGCAAAGGCUGGGGAGUCAAGACCCUGCGACCGAUCCCGAAAGGAGCAUACGUCUGCGAGUACAUUGGCGAGGUGAUCACUGACAGCGAUGCAGACAGCAGGGAUGACGACUCAUAUCUGUUCGAUCUGGACAAUCGCGAGGGAGAAACGUACUGCAUCGACGCCCGCAAGUACGGAAACAUUGCUCGCUUCAUCAACCACAUGUGCUCGCCAAACCUGAUGCCUGUGAAAGUAUUCAUCGACCACCAAGAUCUCAAGUUUCCGCGAAUCGCUUUGUUCGCAAACAGGGACAUAGCCGCUGACGAAGAACUCGGGUUUGAUUAUGGUGUAAAGUUCUGGAUAGUGAAAUACAAGUCUUUCACGUGCACCUGUGGUGGAGAAAACUGUCGAUAUUCUGACGAAACCAUCGAAGACACUCUAGAAAAGUACAGGAAGAAGGCUGAGCAAGCCGAGGCACGACGCCUUGCCGAGGUUGGCCAACAGCAACUUUAAUUCUGCGUGUGUUUAUAGCCCGAUUCAUGUGAUGUGCGAUUUCUACGAAUUUCAUAUUGUGCCAAUCAACCGGUUCGAUUGUUUCUGUGUAAUUAUUGUAUGUACUUAACUUGGUGUUUGUAACGUGAUGAGUCUAAUCUUGUGCAUUUCACUGCCAGUAUUUGUAUAACUUCACAACGAGAGUUUUCCACUCAGGAUAGAUUAUUUAUAAUAAAUAAAUGUAUCAUGAGUAUGUCACUUUGCACCACUUAAUUAUAUGUAUUAUACAAAAUACGUGUGUUACUGCUUAUGCAAUAAAAUAGUUAACCUACAAAGCAAUA